GGCGCCUUUCUUCUGUCACGCGCGCGCACGCGGCUGUCCGGGUCUUUGUCUUCCAUCCCGCUGGUUAAGGCCUUAAUUUAAAAAGCAGAAUUAUACUGUUGCCUGUUGGGACAAUUAAAAUGUGUUUAGUGUGCAGCACUUUCAUGAACAGAUUAAAAUAGACGUCACUUAUGAUGCAGUGACAGGAGGUUUCACAGCAUUUGGUACCAUCCUCUUUGUCAAAAUACGUGUGUUUUUAAAUGAAUUUUACCUUUUCAUAUUUCCUUUAAAAAAUUAGGAAUAUGCUGCUUACAUUCAUUAUAUUGCAUUAUUAUUAUCGUUUCUUAACUUGAAAUAUUUAAAGUUUAAGCUCACCUGGAGACUUUUUUCACCUGGUUCCUAAUGACAUCUUUCUCUCUUGGGUUUAUGUUUAAACUAUCCUGUAGUCAUCAGUUCUGGAAGGAACUGUGUUGCAGCUGUAUUCAAAAUGUAAACGGGAACACUGGAAGCCUUUGCACACUCCAAACUGUAGUCCUGCAAAGUAAUGUGGUCACAGGUUCUGGGGAGAACAUCAUAAGUCCAGGGGUCCAGGUAUGGCACUUCCAGAAUUUGUUACAGAUGUUGGAAAUGGCCCAAUCUAUUACAUUUUACUGGUUUUCUUUGCUGGGUGUUAGUAUGUUUUUAAAAAAGGGAACUCAGUGUGAUGGUGCACACCUGUAAAUCUCAGCAUUGAAGGAGAUUUGAGUUCCACCUGGGCAACUUAAUAAGCCCCUGUAUUAAAAAACAAAAAAACUGGGAAUGAAACUCACAAAGCUAUAGAGCUUUAGAUAUAGUUCAAUAGUAGAGUGCUUGGUCUCUACCCCUAGAUUCAAUCCUCACUACAGACACCCCCCCCCCCCACCAAAAUGUAGAGUGUUUAACAUCUGACAGCUACAAAGUAAAUGUUUUUAUUCUCUGCUCUUCUCAAAUAUUCUGUGGAAUCUGAAGAUAAGUUGAACAUUGGGAUGUGAGUGAAAGUUUUCUUUUUCUUCUGAAGAUAAAUUGAAAAACUCGUUUCUAGGAGAGCUACAGUGCUGUACAGAAACCUGCCAAGGUAAAAUACAAAACAACAAAGUUAAAAUAGGCCAAAUUGUAUGGUAAGGACUUGGGUUUCUGUUUGCUGUGGGGCCCUGUGAGCCUGAACAGAAGACAAUCCAGGGCAUUUGCCUCAGGGCUCAACUUCCAGAAACAGUUGUUUAGUGAAGUCAGGCAUAAGUGUUCUUAGUAACAAACCUAAAAGCAUCAAAAAUAUUUUUAAACUAUGCUGAUUGUUUUAUCACAUUUGUUUCACCUGAGAUUCUCAACCGCUGGUGUUCUGUGCAAUAAAUCUCCCUUGUUUCCACAUAAAUCUUUCCUCUUGACAAGUUUUCACUGAAAUGUAACACCUUGAGGUGGUGCUUGUUUUUGAGAGAGGAUCUCAAAAGGAAUGUGUUAUGCCCAGAUGAUCACCAAGUAGAUUAUAAAAGAAAUUUUAGAGUUAUACUGUGAAUUUGGCUAUUUGUUGUAGUAAAUAUUUUGAAUGCUAAAGUUUUAUUGUUUAUAGUACCAUAUUUUUCCUUCUGUGAGAUGAAACGAAAAAAUAAUACAAAUGGAAUGACAUUUGUAGAUACUUUUUGGUCUUUUGUGUAUGUUUUAUUUGUAUGUAAAUAUAUAUGUAAUAUAUAUGUAUGUAUAUACUUGUUUUUGUUGUUUUUUUUAUGGUUUUGGUGGUAGUUGGAAUAAAACCCAGGAAUUACAUCUCUAGACUUUUUGAGGCAAGGUUUUGCUAAAUUCCCUACAUGCUGGGGAUGGUGGUACACACCUGUGUUCUCAACACUUGGGAGGCUGAGGCAGGAGGAUUACCUCAAAUUCAAGGCUAGCCUGGGCAACAUAGUGAAUCCAAUGUCAGUCUGAACUACAUACUGAGAUUCUGUCUUGAAAAACUGGAAAAAAAAAUCUCUAGAUUUGUAAUCCUCUUGCGUGAGCACCCUGAGUAGCUGGAAUUAAAAGGUACACACCCCAUGCUGCCUAUUUUCUAGCUUUUUAUUGUUGUGUUCAAGAAAGCUAUAGAGCUUUAGAUAUAGUUCAAUAGUAGAGUGCUUGGGUAGUGUGUACACGCUCAAGGUUUACUCCUUUGCACUAUGAAAAAGAAAGAAAAAGCUGGUGAUGCUCUAGACAUGUUUAUGACCCCAGAAUAUUUUUUCUUUUACUUCUUCUUUUCCUCCUUCUAUAAUUCUUUCAAUUUUUGAAGUAGUGGAGAUUGAACUCAGGUCUUUCUCAGUGAACUGUAUCUCUAGCAAUCUCUCACACCCAUGUUAAAAUUUUGACAUAAAGUCUUGCCAAUUUGCUAAGUUAAGUUGUCAAGGCUGGGCUUGAAUUUGGAUUCUCUUGCUUCAGCCUCCCAGAGUCUUAGGAUUACAAGCGUGUGCCACCAUGCCCAGCAGAGAUUUUUUUUAUGUCAUAUAGAAAAAAACUCCUUGCUUUUCAGUGUGAUUGUUAUGGCUUGUGUCUAGGCGUUCCUUCGAAAGAGUCAUGUCAUCAUGGAUUGGGCUUUUCAGAGGUGUCUUGAUCUAGUGCGUGAUACUGAGAUCAAGGGUGUGUGAUUACUAAAUUAGUACACUGAUUGGUUUUUCAUAGUUCUGGGUAGGUUUAUGGUGCCCCACCCUGGAUGAGAGUGCUACCUGCCUUAAGGGCUGCUGGUUGCUUUUGCUGCCUUCUGUGAACUCUUUCUCCUCUGUACUAUGCUGCCAUACCAGCCUGGCUUGGAGCCAGCUGACUAUAGACUGAAACCUCUACAAACUGUGAGCCAAAAUAGACCUUUCCUCCUUUAACCUGGGGCAUUGAGUGUAUUUUCUCAGUAAUGAGAAAAAGUAAGACAGUGACUGUAUAGUUCUGGCUUUUUUGGUUUUUGUUUUUUUCUUUUCUUGAUACUAGGGAUUGAACCCAGGGUCUUCAUACUGAGCUACAUUACCAGCUUAUUUAUUCUGGUAUGGUAUUUAUUCUAUAUGGGGAAUCAAACUCAGGAACUCAUACUUGCCGGGCAGGUGCUGGGUUACUAAGCUAUAUCCCUGGCCCCCCAGUUCUUUAUUUUGAGAUAGGAUCUUAGUCAUUAAGUUGCCCAGGUUGGGGUUGUACUUUCAGUCUUCCUGCCUCAGCCCCAGAAUGAUGGGAUUAUAGCAUCUGCCACUGAGCACAUUUACUAUAUCAGAAUAGCUUCCAGCAUCUCUUAAGUAUUAUCUUAAAGUAAUAAGAUGUAUAUGAGGUAGUGAGAUUAGCAGUAAGACUUCUUAUUUACCUUGUAUACAUUUGAAAAUGUUAUAAGUGUUUGUUGUACUCAGGGAUUGCAAGGAGGACAAGACAAUACAGGACACAUAAUUUAUAGUAUUAUUUAUGAUAAUCAUCCCAAGAGUCAAAUACAAAGAAAGUUCAGGAAAUCUGUCUACAUACUAAAGUCCUAGAGAAUCCAGUCAGGGGCCUGGAUCCUAUGGCAAUAUCCUGCUUGAGUUCAGCUCAAGACCUAGAGCCCAUGAUAGUGCCUCCUACACAUCCAACUAGAGGCCUAGAGCCCUUGGCAAUCACUCAUGAGAGUGUUUCACAGAUCUGCAGCAGGAAGGCCCCAAGGUCAGCAGUAGAAGCUAGAAAGUCUGUGCCAGCAGGGUGAAGGAUCUGUGCCAGUAGGUUGAGGGUUCACUGGAGCCAAGAAGCAAUGCUCAAUAUAAGGAUCAGGGCUUCCCAGAAAAGUACCACAGCUAUCCUCAGUGACAACAAGAUCCCUAGCUCCUCUAACGAUGAGAACAGCGAAGUUCAUAUCAGGAAGCCACCCUUCUCCUGGAGAUUGAGCAGUGCACAUCUUCCUCUCCAGAGCCAGGAAGUAGUGCUCAACACAAGGACUAGAGCUUCCCCAAAGUGAACAGUAGUCAUUCUCAGCAACAAGAUACCUAGCUCUUCCGAUGAUGUUCUCACCCUAAGUUCAUAUCAGGAAGGAAGCUCGACAAGCUCCUCCAGGAGAACCCAUGGCAACAGGAGCACCAGCAGCACCAAACAACAACACUACUCUCCAGGUCUCCUUUCUGUGCUGGCAGCAGUCCUCAGGUGGCCAUCCGCAUUCAGCACCAUGCUGAUUCAGUUCAGCUGGUAUUGUAAGUUGACUACCAGUUAUCAAUCUACCAUGGUGUUUUAGUUUUAUAAUUAUUACUGUUAAGUAUUUUUCAAAUGAUGAUUAUGCUACUGGCUGUUUUAAAGUGCAGAUAUUAUCAAAAUCUAGGCUACAAAAAUGUUAUUUGUAUAACUGGGAGAAACCUUGCUGUAUGUUUCUAAGAUAGCACUGAGAUUUGGAUCACAAAAAGGCUUCUAAGGGAAGAACUUGGUUAAGUGGUACUCUUUAAGAUGAUAAUGGGUUAGAGAGGCUGAUCUUUAUUUGUUGUUAUUCUGGCAUCAGUGGCAGAGUAUGUACAUGGAAAUGAGAGCUAAUUCUAGAAUUUGUGUUGUGUGUGCAUGUCUAUGUAUAAAUACACAAAGGACAUUACAAUGGUUUUGUUAGCAAAUACCUUGCACACAGCAGGAAAAGAAAUAACACAGUUUUGUUUCUUAAUAGCCGUGUAUCAUGGGCACACUAAAUUACUAGUUUUCAAAUUAUCUCUCUGUAAAAUGGCUAUUGUGUUAAAGUAUUUGUGAUGUGUAUGAUGAUAAAAGUACUUGCUGUAUUACCUAUCUGUUACAGUUGUUAUAAGGCACCAGUCACCUCACUGUAAACUAUGUCAUUUUCCCCUCCAGAUCCCACUCUGAGGUCCACUUUAUUAUCACCAUUUUAACAAAAACAAAGAAGAUUAGGAGGCAAGAAAAGAGGAAAAAGAAUAGUAAAUGGUGUAGUAACCACAAUAACUAUGAGUAUAUAGAAUUUGUGAGGCAAAGACAGGUUAUUACUUUGGAUCAAAAACAAAUUUGAGCUCUGAGCUGCUUCUAAGAGAUAAACAUAAUGAAGCUUAAUUUUAAGUGCAGGUGCAUGGUGGCUGCUACUUGGGACAAAUACUAAAAGGAUGCUCAUGUUGCCAGCUUUAUCCUAGAUGAAACAGAUUUUAAGGCAGAAAGCAUUUGAGGUUUGGAGUGUCAUUACAUACAGAGGAAAAAGUAAUCCUUUAGUAAGUUGGCCCUAAGUACAUAGUCCACAUAUCCACAGAAUUAUAAGGAAGAACUGACCAAGUAUAAUCAUAUAGAAGAUUCAAAUCUUAUUUCCUGGGGCUGGGGAUUUAACUCAGCGGCAUAAGCACCUGCCUUGCAAGCGUGUGGUCAUGAGUUCGAUCCCUGGUACCGGUAAAAAAAAAAAAAAAACAAACCUUAUUUCCUUUAGAAAUAGAUAAAGUUGUUUAGAAAUAGAUAAAGCUGGCAAACAAAAAUAGGAAGGAUAUAGAUUUUAGUAGGUAUCUUAUGCUCAGAAAAGUGAAAUUUUGUUUAUUUUUGCCAAAAACCACAUAACCAAAGCUCGGUACAGUAGUGUAUUCCUAUAAUUCCAGCAUUAUAGGAGGCUGAGGGAGGUGGAUGACAAGCUUGAGCCCAGCCUGGGCAAUUUAGCAAGACUCUCAAAAAAAGGGGGAGUGGUGGUGGCAAGGAUAUAGUCCUAUAAGAAGGGCCUGUGUCUAGUAUAUUGUUUUUCUUUUCAAUACGAAUGUCAGUCUGAAUGAAAAAAAAAAAGGCAAUAAAGGAAAAAAGUUGACUGAAACUCAGAUCUUUUAAAUCAAAUCAUGUAAGCUUUUUUUUUUUUUUUUUGUCUUUUUCAUUUUUAUCGGUACCAGGGAUCGAACUCACGACUGCCUGCUUGCAAGGCAGGCGCUUAUGCCGCUGAGCUAAAUCCCCAGCCCCUAAAUCAUAUAAGCUUUGAAAAAUUUAAUUGGCUUAAAAUAAACUUGGUACUUUUUCUUCAUAACACUUAUUAAAUAUAGAAUACAGCCCACUGUAAAUAUGGAAUAAAUCAUAGAAUUAUUUGUGGUAAUUGUUUCUCGGUUUACAGAAGUAGGGAUUUGGGUUGUAUUUUAUUGUGUCUUGCUUCUGUUCCUGAAAGGCCAGUUUUAAUUAUAUAGUAAGUCCACCCUGGCUUUAGAUGAUCAUAAAUUCCAAGGUCCCUGGCAAGGGAGGAAAAGAUUUGAGUGUGAUGCAAACAUACCAGUUGAAGGUAUUUGUCCUAUGCCCACAGAUCUGGGUUCUUACAAGUAAGCCUGCUUACGUGAGAUGAGAACGGGGUUCCUGGGACCAAAAAUUCAUCCACAGUGGAGAAGACCUAGCUAAGACCUCACCUCACAUCUUAGGGGAAGAAGCAGAAGAGACCCAGAAUACAGCACAUCUCAUAUUUGCUAAUCAUCUUGUGCAGGCAACAGAAAUGACCACAUUACAAGAGUCAUUCUCAUUUGACGAUUUGUCUGUGGACUUUACUCAGAAGGAGUGGCAGCUCCUGGAACCACACCAGAAGAACUUGUAUAGGGAUGUCAUGUUGGAGAACUAUAGCAGCCUUGUGUCGCUGGGGUAUAUAGUUAUGAAACCAGAUGUCAUCUUCAAGUUGGAGCAAGGUGAAGAACCUUGGAGCAGAGAUGAAGUUCAACAUUCAAACUGUUCAGAAGUCUGGCAAGUAGAGGAUCACGUGACAUGGCAACAGGACAGCCAAGACCAGCCUAGAAGUUUGAAAAGAUGUCAUGAAUGGGAUGCACUUGGAAAAAAUUUCACUCUCAGUGUGGAUUUUGUUCCUUUAAGAAAAUCAAACAAUGAAGGUGACUUACAUGGGUUGAUUUUGGAAGAUAAUUUAAAUUUGCUUAUCCCAGAAGCAGACUGUGAAAGAAGAGAGUCAGAUGACUUUAAUGUAUUCAAUAAAUUAUUUCUCAAUACCAAGCCUCAGGAAGCGGAUACUUGGUUAAAAUACUAUCAGUGUGAUAAAUGUGAUAGUAUUAACUAUAAGAAAUCCCAGAUUGUCAUUUAUCACCGAACUCGUCUAGGGGAGAAACUCUAUGAAUGCAGUGAAUGUAGAAAACGUUUCAGCAAGAAAUCAAGCCUCAUUAAACAUCAAAGCAGACACAUAAGAGAAAUAGCUUAUGGCUGUGGUAAAUGUGGGAAAACCUUUCCCCAAAAGUCACAAUUCAUCACACACCACAGAACUCAUACCGGAGAGAAACCUUAUGACUGUGGCCAGUGUGGGAAAGCCUUCUCUCAAAAGUCACAGCUCACAUCCCAUCAGAGGACACACACAGGAGAGAAGCCCUAUGAGUGUGGUAAGUGUGGUAAAGCAUUUUCCCGGAAGUCACAUCUCAUAUCACAUUGGAGGACACACACUGGAGAGAAGCCUUAUGGAUGCAGUGAUUGUGGGAGAGCCUUCAGUGAAAAGUCAAAUCUCAUUAAUCAUCAGAGAAUUCAUACAGGAGAGAAACCAUUUGGAUGCAGGGAAUGUGGGCGAGCCUUUAGCAGGAAGUCACAGCUUGUGACACAUCACAGGACUCACACAGGAACAAAGCCCUAUGGAUGUAGUGAUUGCAGAAAAGCCUUCUUUGAGAAAUCAGAACUCAUUAGGCAUCAGACAAUUCACACUGGAGAGAAACCUUAUGAAUGCAGGGAAUGUGGGAAAGCUUUCAGAGAGAGAUCAAGCCUCAUCAAUCAUCAGAGAACCCACACGGGAGAGAAGCCCCAUGAAUGUCUGCAGUGUGGGAAAGCGUUCUCCCAGAAGUCGCACCUCAUAUCCCAUCAGAUGACACACACAGGAGAGAAGCCUUUUGUAUGCAGUAAAUGUGGAAAGGCCUUUAGCAGAAAGUCCCAGCUUGUUAGACAUCAGAGAACUCACACAGGGGAAAAACCCUAUGAGUGCAGUGAAUGUGGGAAAGCCUUCAGUGAAAAGUUAAGUCUUACUAAUCAUCAGAGAAUUCAUACAGGAGAAAAACCCUAUGUGUGCAGUGAAUGUGAGAAAGCUUUUUGUCAGAAGUCUCAUCUCAUAUCUCAUCAGAGGACUCACACGGGAGAGAAACCAUAUGAAUGCACUGAAUGUGGGAAAGCGUUUGGUGAGAAGUCAAGUCUAGCAACUCAUCAGAGGACUCACACGGGAGAAAAACCCUAUGAAUGCAGGGACUGUGACAGAGCCUUUUCCCAGAAGUCACAGUUAAACACUCAUCGGAGGAUUCACACUGGAGAGAAACCCUAUGAGUGCAGUCUUUGUAGGAAGGCCUUCUUUGAGAAAUCAGAGUUAAUUAGACAUCAGAGAACUCAUACAGGAGAAAAACCUUAUGAAUGCAGUGAGUGCAGAAAAGCCUUCAGAGAGAAGUCAAGUCUCAUCAACCAUCGAAGAAUACACACAGGAGAGAAACCCUUCAAAUGUAGGGAGUGUGGCAAAGCCUUCUCUCGGAAGUCACACCUCAUUCCGCAUCAAAGGACACACACAGGUGAGAGGCCUUAUGGCUGCGGUGAGUGUAGGAAAGCCUUCUCGCAAAAGUCACAACUUGUGAACCAUCAAAGGAUUCACACAGGAGAGAAACCUUAUCAGUGCAGUGAGUGUGGGAGGGCAUUUUCCCAGAAGUCACAGCUCAUUAACCACCAUAGAACUCACACAGGACCAAAGUCCUAGGAGUUCAUAAGUGAGCCUAACACGUACACCUCAUUUGCUUCAGAAAAUGCAGUUAUGGUAAAUCUUGUCAUAAUAGUCAAUAUCCUGUUGUAUGUCAGACUGUACCUUAAGAUUAUUUAAAUGAAGUGUUGGAGGGCACAUUUCUGUAGGCAAGCAUACUUUCCUAUCAGAAUGCAUGGAAGAGAGAGAUCCUGUGAGUGCAGUGGGUCUCAGGAACCUUCCAAAGCAGUUGAGCCUUAUUUCUUGGACAGAUCAAGGAGGAACCCUGUGUCAGAAAAGUUUUCAGAGUUCAGUCUCAUUAGCCAUUAGAAAUUUUCCCACGGCAUAGCUAGUGUGCUAUACUUUUAUUCAGAAAUGACAGCUCAUUGUUCUUUAGAAAAUGACCUGAGGAAUGAAAUUAUAUGAAAAAAUUAAAUGUGGAAGAAUCUUCAUUAAGUGACCUAACUGCACUGCAUUUUGGAAAGUUCAUAUUGCCGGUAAACCUAACAAACAUAUUGGAACGGUUUAUUUGUAGAAACAAUGCUACGAGGGUAAGCAAUACAGGUUUGUCUUUUUGAGGUGAAGCGUUACUAUGUAGUUCAAACUGGCCUUUUAUCAACUAUGUCAUCCAGGAUGACCUCGAACUCACAGCAUUCCUCCUGACUCAUCCUCUUGAGUGCUUGGGUUACAGGCAUAAACUAUUGUGACUCAAUACUCUUCUUAUAGACAUGAGUUCAAUCUCAAUUCCAAAUGGCUAAUGAGUGUUCACUCUGAAAUGUGAAGUUUUAAAACAUGAAUAAAUUGAAUCAUUGAAAAAUCCAAAGAAGAAAAUUCCUAUUAGUGUUUGUGAUUUAUUUUCCAUUGUAACAUAUUACAUAUUUUGAUUUCACUUUGCAGUUGAAACAGUGUAAUUGUUGGUACCGAUAGAAACGAAAAAGACCAAAAAAAAAAAAAAAUCUUGAAACAGUGUAAUUGGGAGCAUGAAAUGUGUAUGCCUUAUAGUGUCUUUUGGUAAGUCAAGACAUAUUGUCUAUCUCUACUGUUUCUACUUUAAUUAUAUGAAAAGAAAAACUCAUAACCAGUUGCUGAAUAAGUAGAUUAAAUAAUACCACAAUUCUUUUAUCCUUAAUAUUUGUUUGCAUAUGUUUUUACUCUCUGUUUAGUAAAGAGUUGAACAUUUAUUAGUUUCCUACACUCACAGAAUCUGAGAAAUUCUGUUAAGUUUUCAAAGACUAGAACCACAGUAGCAAUAUUGAUGUUUGAGUGAGCAGAAGGGUAUGUGAACUAUGUUCUCCUUAGCACUCACCUACAUGAAAGGAUGUCUUGCUGUAAAAUUAAUUCUCUCAUUUGUUGAGCCUUUCCCAUUUGUCUUGCGUGUAUAUCUUAAGUGCUAUAUACCCAACAGUGCACUGUACUUCAAUUUCCUAUGAUACAUGAAUAUAUUGUGCUGCUGUUGUUUUGUGGUGUUUGAUAAAAUACCUUGUAAAAACUUAGAGAUGGAGAAACCAACUAUUGACAAGUUACUUUUCAGAAGAUGUGAAAUACUGAGAAUUUUGUGAUUAAAAAAUGACUGGACUGGGGAGUGGGAAGCCCAGAGGUAGAGUGCUAGCCUACCAUGCAGAAUGUCAUGGGCUUUGUCCCAGGAACUGCUCAAAAAAUGUGAAAAUUCUUGACAUAUUCAGGGAUGUGUUUUGCCUUUCUGUAUUUUUGGGGUUACUGACAAGUGUUAGGAAAUACAAUUCCCCUUUUUCUUUCUUUGAAAGAAUAUUUGUUUUACCAUCUUUUACUUGUUGCCUCAGCCAAGUGGAAAACUGGCUGGCAACCUACUACUGUUUUACUGUUAGUUUUCCUUUUAAAAGACAUGAAGCAGCUCUUAGGUAAGUUAGAAUUUUGUAGUUUUUCUCUCUGUGAUAGUGCUUGAAGUUGACAUUUUUGUAUUGUAAUGAAACUGACAAGAAUCUGACAUUAAGCUUGAUUCCAAAGUUUAGAAAUGUAGAUUUCUUUUAUGCACAAUUUUUUUUCAAGAUUUCUCUUAUGCACAAAAAUUUUUUCAAAAUGAUAUAUUUUAUCUUUGAUUCCAACAGUAUUUUUUCCUUUAAUUACAAGCAUGCAGCUUUGUUGGAAAGUUGGAAUUCUUAAUAAGAAUAAACCAAUGGUUGUGAACCUACAGGACACAGGCUGCAGUGGGCUGGUACCACUGAAAGUUCUAAAAGGUUCAUCACUGUUCUAAAUGAAGAUACCAGUAUUUCCAUAUAUUUAUAACCCUAUCUUUCCUCAUAGUAAUGUUCAUUUCUUUUAAUAGUAAUUUCUAAAGCAUCUAGUUUCUCAAUUUUUAGAUUCAUACUCAAAUUUGUGGACUUCCUACUUUUCUUCUUAAUACCUGAAAGUUGUUUUGCCAGAUAAGGGUGACAAACCUUUGUAAAUGAACAAACAUUAACAGGAUGAUGUUAUACUUUGUGACUCUACUCAUUUCUCCCAUCCAUCCAUCAUGAUUUUUCUUUACUAGUAACAGAAAUGAGGCAUUAGAUAUUGGACUGGGUCAACAGUCUUAUCUAAGAAUGUCAUAAUUUUGCUUAUUGUGAUUCUAGGAUACUCCAUUGACUGUUAAUGAGUUAACCUUAAUAUAGCCUUCAGGAGACAGUAGAACCUCUGCACUAGCAUAUUUACUCAGUGUCCAAAAAAAAGGACCUGUAACAGUCAGGUUGCAAUUGUAGGGUGUGCAUAUGCAGACCACAGAGAAGUCCGUAUCAUUUAACACCUCAUGUGAACCCAUGUGGCUUUCAGGCUCCCAGAGUGAUACCUUGUUCUGAAGGAGCUCAGAUUCUAAAAAUAUAAACCUUUGGUGUUUGUUUUUAAAAUAAUCUUAAUAAACUAUAGGAAUGUGUCUGUUUCUCUCAUGGGUUUCUACCACAGACUCCACACUGAAAAAAAGAUGGUUGUAGACCAUUUGUCCCUGUGGUUUCAUAGAGCACCACAAGGCAUACCAUGUGGAAUGCUAAAUAGAGGAAGCAUUCUUUUCCUUUUCCCCACUAGGUUUCCCCUGGAAUUGUACACCAAGGAUGGUUCCAUUGUAAUCCAUUUACUAAGUUACGGGGAUUUUUGGAGGUCCAGUCUCUGGAGUUUGAGACCUGUCUCUAAUGUCCUUUCUGCUCUGGUUUUCUUUGAGGCCUUGAUAUGGUUAUCUGUGAAUCUAUGUUUUUAAAAAUUUGAUUUCAAGAAUAAUACUUUAGAAUCAUGAAAUGAAAUAAAUUGGAAGAAUAUCAGCUUUAUGUAACAGUAUCUUUAUUGAGUAGCAGACAUAGAUCUGCAAACAUUUGGAUACAUACUUGAGGCCUCCUAGGUGAUUUAAUCAUUAUCCAUCAGUAUAUGUCCAGGUCAUCAUUCCUCUGUGCUUGUUAAUCUAUAGAUACAGUUCCAGCAGUCUUUCACAUUUGCAGUAUCUGCCAUGUCCUAAGUGUUCACAGGCUCAUCCGUGUAGCUACUAGUGUAUUUUGUGUACUUUCCCUUUGUUUUUACUUCAUUUUCAUAGUGAUUAUCAACUCUUCUCACACACUUCCAUGAUGAAAUACUGUGUGACUUAUUGUGCACUUAAAAUGUAGUAACCUCCUUGUAUGCCAGGACUUCUAUGUCAUGCAUAUUGAUAAUUUGUAAGUACCUUAUGUUUCCACCUAUGGAAUAUUUUCUCACCUUUGUGACCUACUUGCAGUUUCUUAAGAUUUCAAUAGUUUCAUCUCAUGUUUUUGCAAAUCUGCAGUGAAACGCCCUUGUUAUUUGUUACUGCUUGUCCAGUACUAUAAGUCUGUUCAUGACAACAUGUGUUUGUCACUAUGGUAACAUAAUCAUUGCAUGUUUUCUAUUAGAAGUCUCCUAUGUAUAUACUAGAAGAAGCUGGGCCUCUAUAUAAUUUUAGAAGCUGGGAGUAUUUUUGAAUGUGGGUGCUUUCGGUGGCUUUAUUUCCAGCCCCAUGGAAUGAAACAUGAUCUGCAGUGACAAGAGUUAAUCUGUCAUGGAAUCGUUGUCUAGAAAGGGCUAAUUUUGUGUUGAUGUCUGGUUCACCUUGUCUGCCUGUCCAUAUUUAUCUCUGCCCUUUCUAUUCCUGGACUGUUGAGCUCUUCUGUGAGAUAUUUGAAAUAUCAUCUAAUAAAUUCUCACAUUUGUUUCAGCUUUCUUAAA